GAGCCGCGCCGCGCCGCGCCGCGCCGAGCCCAGCCGAGCCGGGCCGGAGAGAUGGGUGACCCAUACGGAGGAGGCCGAAGGCUUGCAGGACCAAGUAAGGGUGGUUUGGGGAAGGAUGGAGAGAGGAUAGAAAGCCAGCUCCCUGCCCCCCACGAGCCUCCUAAACUUGGAAAUUCUACCAGUGACAAGAUGGAGGGCAGGAAGAAAGGACGGCCAAAGGUGGAGAACCAGGCACUGAGAGACAUUCCUCUCUCCUUGAUGAACCAAUGGAAGGAUGAAUUCAAAGCCCACUCUCGGGUGAAGUGUCCAAACUCAGGGUGCUGGCUGGAAUUCCCAAGUAUUUAUGGACUCAAGUAUCAUUAUCAGCGUUGCCAGGGGGGUGCCAUCUCUGAGAAGCUGACAUACCCAUGCCCCUACUGUGAAGCUGCCUUCACCUCCAAGACCCAGCUAGAGAAGCACAGACUGUGGAAUCACAUGGACCAGCCUGUCCCAGCCAGCAGGCCUUUCCCUCUGCCUAAAGCUGCACCCCCUGGGAAGCCAGUACAGACCAACAAGCCAGUCCCAGUCACUAAGCCGCUACCAGUCAGCAAACCAGUCUCAGUCACUAAGCCGGUCCCGGUCACUAAGCCAAUUCCGGUCACCAAGCCGGUCCCGGUCACCAAGCCGGUCCCGGUCACCAAGCCGGUCCCGAUCACCAAGCCGGUCCCGGUCACCAAGCCGGUCCCGGUCACCAAGCCGGUCCCGGUCACCAAGUCGGUCCCGGUCAGCAAGCUGGUUCAAGUCAGCAAACCUGUCCCAGUCAGCAAACCUGUCCCAGUCAGCAAACCAGUUCCAGUCACUAAGGUGGCCCCGGUCAGCAAACCUGUUCCAGUCACCAAGGUGGUCCCGGUCAGCAAACCUGUUCCAGUCACCAAGGUGGUCCCGGUCAGCAAACCUGUUCCAGUCACCAAGCCUGUUCCAGUCACUAAGCUGGUCCCAGUCAGCAAAUCCGUCCUACCUACCAAGCCAGUUCCAGUAAGCAAACCUAUCCUGCCCAGCAAGCCCUUCCCACCCAGCAAGCCUGUCCUUGUCAGCAAGCCGAUUCCAAUCAGCAAAUCAGCAUCACCCAGCAAAGUGUUGCCGAUGAACAAGCCGGAGAGCAAAGUGCAAAGAACUGUGGGAAGGAGCGGUGGUAAGAAGAGGGCCGCUGAGGGCUUGGACACCUGCCCCGUCCAUCCAAAACAGGCGAAGUUGGAGAAGGAAGGCGAUCUGCACCCAGAGAAUGGAGAGUGUGCCCUAGACACAUGUGAGAGUAAGGACUUCCAUAUGACUACAGCCGAGACCGUUGCUUCACCUGCUACAAAGGCUACGAGCAGCAAAGAAGCUGCAGGCCCGGUAUCGCCCCCAGAAGAGGAUCCUGAGCGUUCCAAGCACAGAAGGAAACAAAAAACGCCUAAGAAGUUCACUGGGGAGCAACCAUCGAUCUCAGGGACCUUUGGUCUUAAAGGCCUUGCCAAGGCAGAGGACAAGGCCAAGGCCCACCGUGCCAAGAAGUUGGAAGCCAGCAGCAGUGCUGAGGAGGGGAGGAAAAAGGUCUUGGCCGCUAAUGUGAAGAAAGAGGUGGUACCUAUACCCGCAGCUCACCUGAGCACAGGGAGCCCUGAGGAGCAGUGGCAAAGAAUCCUCCAUGAGAAGGGGGAGGUUGUCUGUCCCACCUGUGGAGUCAUCACCAGGAAAACCAUUGUAGGCCUCAAAAAGCACAUGGAAGUUUGUCAGAAGCUGCAGGAUGCGCUCAAGUGUCAGCACUGCAAGAAACAGUUCAAGUCAAAGGCAGGGCUCAACUACCAUACCAUGGCAGAACACAGCAGCAAGCCUCAGACCCUGACAGAUGUGGAGCCUUCAGAAUUGGAUGAACAAGAGGAACGGGAGCGUUUGAGGAAGGUUCUGAAGCAGAUGGGGAAGCUCAAGUGUCCCAAUGAGGGCUGUGCAGCUGCCUUCUCCAGUCUCAUGGGAUACCAGUACCACCAGAGACGCUGUGGGAAGCAGCCAUGUGACCUAGACAGUCCUAUGUUCACCUGUCCUCACUGUGGUAAAACCUAUAAAUCCAAGGCUGGCCAUGACUACCACCUCCGUUCAGAGCAUCCUACCCCGCCUCCUGAGGAGCCUGCGGGAAAACCUCCUGAACCAGAUGUUGAGAUGGACAUGGAACGGACACCAAGUGGACGGAUCCGCCGGACAUCUGCCCAGGUGGCAGUGUUCCACCUCCAGGAAAUAGCAGAAGAUGAGCUAGCACGGGACUGGACAAAGCGGCGGAUGAAGGAUGACCUUGUGCCUGAAACCAAGAGGCUUAAUUACACUCGGCCAGGACUCCCAACACUGAAUCCCCAGCUGCUGGAGACGUGGAAGAAUGAAGUGAAGGAGAGAGGUCAUGUCAACUGCCCUAAUAAUUGCUGUGAAGCCAUCUAUUCUAGUGUGUCUGGGCUGAAAGCCCACCUGGCCAACUGUACCAAGGGAGACCACUUGGUGGGGAAGUAUCGGUGCCUCCUGUGUCAGAAAGAGUUCAGCUCGGAGAGCGGUGUUAAAUACCACAUCAUCAAGACACAUUCAGAGAACUGGUUCCGAACCUCAGCAGACUCCCCACCCAAACCCAAGAGCAGGGAGCAGCUCUCUGCCAAGGAGAAGAAGAAAAGCACAUCAAGUGGAAAAAAGCGGGGCCGAAAACCCAAGGAACGGCCCUCUGAGGGCCCCCCCCCAAAGACUUCCCCCAAGCCCCAGGACGAUUGGCCCUUGGGUGGUCGAGACAAGGGGAAUCGAGUGGUGCCCAGCCGGAAAUCGGGAGCCAGUAAGGUGCCUGAGAACAGUGCUGAAUCUCUAGACAGACUUCUUCCUCCUGUGGGCACAGGCCGGUCACCACGGAAACGGACCACUAGCCAGUGUAAAUCAGAGCCACCCCUGCUGCGGACCAGCAAAAGGACAAUCUACACAGCUGGACGGCCUCCCUGGUACAAUGAACAUGGGACGCAGUCAAAGGAAGCUUUUGUCAUUGGCUUGGGUGGAGGUAGUGCCUCUGGGAAAACCACUGUGGCCAGAAUGAUUAUUGAAGCAUUGGAUGUCCCCUGGGUAGUCCUGCUGUCCAUGGAUUCCUUUUACAAGGUGCUUACCAAGCAGCAGCAGGAACAGGCAGCCAACAAUGACUUCAAUUUUGACCACCCCGAUGCCUUUGAUUUUGACCUCAUUGUUUGUACCCUCAAGAAACUGAAACAGGGAAAGAGUGUGAAGAUUCCCAUCUAUGACUUCACCACACACAGCCGGAAAAAGGACUGGAAAACCCUGUAUGGGGCCAAUGUGAUCAUCUUUGAGGGAAUUAUGGCGUUUGCAGACAAGCAGCUCUUGGAGCUCUUAGAUAUGAAGAUCUUUGUGGACACAGACUCAGACAUCCGCCUGGUGCGACGGCUUCGGAGAGAUAUCAGCGAGAGGGGCCGGGACAUCGAGGGGGUCAUCAAGCAGUACAACAAGUUUGUAAAACCAGCCUUUGACCAGUACAUCCAGCCCACCAUGCGUCUUGCAGACAUUGUGGUUCCCCGAGGAAGUGGAAAUACUGUGGCCAUUGAUCUGAUUGUUCAGCAUGUCCAUAGUCAGCUGGAAGAGAGGAAGCUACGCUGGGAUAUGGCAGCAUUGGCCUCAGCUCACCAGUGCCACCCUCUCCCCAGGACCCUUAGUGUGCUGAAGAGCACCCCCCAAGUAAGGGGGAUGCACACCAUCAUCAGGGAUAAGGAGACCAGUCGGGAUGAGUUUAUCUUCUAUUCAAAGCGACUAAUGAGACUCCUCAUUGAGCACGCUCUCUCCUUCCUGCCCUUCCAGGGCUGCACAGUCCAGACACCUCAGGGACAGGACUAUGAAGGAAAAACUUAUGCUGGGAAGCAGAUCACGGGGGUGUCCAUCCUAAGGGCCGGGGAGACCAUGGAACCAGCUCUGCGGGCCGUGUGCAAGGAUGUCCGGAUUGGCACCAUCCUCAUUCAGACCAAUCAGCUCACUGGCGAGCCAGAGCUGCACUACCUCCGACUCCCCAAGGACAUCAGCCAGGACCAUGUGAUCCUGAUGGACUGCACGGUGUCCACUGGUGCGGCAGCCAUGAUGGCAGUGAGAGUAUUGCUGGAUCACGACGUUCCAGAAGACAAAAUCUUCCUGCUCUCACUGCUGAUGGCAGAGAUGGGUGUCCACUCUGUGGCCUAUGCCUUCCCUCGGGUGAAGAUUAUCACCACAGCUGUGGAUAAGAAAGUGAAUGACCUUUUCCGUAUCAUCCCUGGCAUUGGAAACUUUGGAGACCGUUACUUUGGGACAGAUGCCCCCCCUGACUGGAGUGAUGAGGAAGAACUAGUCGGGACUUAACGCGUACAGCCUUCCAAGGGAAUCCUUGCCUUCUCUCAUCCAUUCCCCUCCUCUGAACAAACCUUCCCAGGGACUCCAGAACAGGGCCGUGGAAGGACCUGGACUUCCACUUGUAGGGUAUCAGUGGAGGGAGAAGAGAGAUUAAUUUAUUUUGAUUUAACUUUGCCAAUAUAAUUUAUUCCAAAAGUUUUAUUUUAAAAUGAAAUAAAAAUUUUAGCCAAACUGAGA